UUUUUGAAAAACAAACAAAAAUUCGCUCUAGCCCAAAAAGAAAAGGAUUUUCUCUCUGCUAAACGCAACAAAUCGGCUUACAAAAAAUCUAUCACAAUGUUUAUGGAUAAGAUGGUGAAGAACGACUCUUUCGAGCCGGAUCUGCGAAAGGAGGGCACCUACAUUUGCCCUUUUCCCCGCCCACCGCCGCCUCCUAAUGCCUUCGACAAGUGGCACAGCCACCUCUCGCCGCACGAGCGUCUCUACUAUCAUCGGACUAUGAGCUCGGUGCGCUAUAGCAAACGCUUUCGCGCCAAUCCGAAUAUUCCAAAGGAUUCACUGGACUUUCAGCUCCAAGCUCGUUACGAUCACGGCCGUGAAACGUUCCCGGAGAAUAUUGACGUAGUGCUGCAACGUGAUACGUGUCCAGCAUUGACCAGCUGGGCAGCUCCGCAUGGACAGAAGGAGGUGGGCUCCAUUUCACGAGUGAACGUAUUUCGUGUGUUACGCAACACGCGCAUUGUGGCACACAAAAUGGAGGAUACUCUGGGCCAUCCAUUGGUCUUAGGUGGCAUUAAGGAAAAGAUACAUCCAUCGUCAGUCAAGCUCAUAUGCAGUGGCGUCCAUACACAGCUGGUUAAUAAUGGAUUCUCGCGACAAACCUCCGAUGGCAAUUUCUUCCGUUAUUAGAGAAAGAGAGUGAC